GCAAAAGCCUGCCUCAGAAGGCUUUUAGUCCCUUUUAUAGGGGCUCCGUUUGAAGAUUCGUUUAUUCAACUGUAGCAGUUUAAUCUAAAGAAGAAUACCAUGGCUCUGACCUACCUGGUUGCGGUUUUGUCUACUUUCUUUCUGUGUUAUGCAAGCGUCAGUUCCAAAGUGCCAGGCCAAUACCAGCCAUUCGACGACGACGACGACAUUAUCCAAGACCAUGAACUCAGCAACAACGUAUUACGACUCCUAGAGAACCCUGACCUUUUACACGGCAUCCUCAGAGCAAGACAUCAACUCUAUGGGGAUCUUUCAAACUUACCGGCAAAACGACAGUUCGAUUCUAUAGCUGGCGACCUCUUCCGAAAACGAAGAUACGUAAAUUCGUUUGAGGACUCUCCAAAACAUCGACAAAAACGAUUUCUAGAAUCCAUAGCCAGCGAUUUGAUGAAACGCAGUGAUGAUGGCAAGCCAGAGAAGCGGUUUCUGGAAUCUAUAGCCAGCGAUUUGAUGAAACGAGAUGAUCAACAGAGCCCAAACAAACGAUUCUUGGAAUCCAUCGCCGGAGAUCUGAUUAAAAGGUCGCACCCUCAGUCGGUCAAGUCUAAACGUUUUCUGGAAUCUAUAGCUGGCGAUUUACUGAAGAGAUCGGCACAGCACUCGGGUCCUUCAAAGCGAUUCUUAGAGUCCAUAGCGGGAGAUCUGUUUAAGCGAUCUCAGGUAUAUGCGUCAAGGCAGAGGCGCUUCUUGGAAUCCAUAGCUGACGAUAUACUGAAGAGGUCUGGGGAAAAUAAAGCAGAGCAGAAGCGAUUUCUGGAAUCGAUUGCUGGUGACCUGUUCAAGAGAUCGCAGGGUAAACCCAAAGAAGAAAAGAGAUUUCUGGAGUCAAUCGCUGAUGAACUGAUCAAAAGAUCACAUUCGGAGGGAUUACACCAGAAGAGGUUCUUGGAAUCCAUUGCGGGUGAUCUGAUCAAGAGGGCGAGCGCUUCUUCGCAGAAUCCUCAGAAACGGUUCUUGGAGUCCAUAGCGACUGACCUCUUCAAGAGAUCUCAGGACAACAUUCUCCAAGAGAAGCGCUUCCUGGAGUCCAUUGCCGGAGAUCUGUUCAAAAGAUCUCACUUCGUGCACAGCCAGCAGAAACGAUAUUUGGAAGGAAUCGCCAGCGACUUGUUCAAACGGUCGGAUCCUCAGAUAAGCCAGCAGAAACGGUUUCUAGAAUCUAUCGCCGGUGAUCUUCUGAAACGGUCAGAGCCACAACAGAAGCGCUUCUUAGAGUCCAUUGCCGGAGACUUGCUGAAAAGAUCGGAUAACGAGCUGAAGGAGCACAAGCGGUUCUUGGAAUCGAUUGCAGGCGACCUCUUCAAGAAGCGACAACUGGAUUCCAUUGCAAGCUAUCUCUUUAAGAAAGACAACAAAGGAAGCGAUCGGUCUGAAGGCAACAGGAAUGCAGAGGAAGCGCAAUCGAAAGAAAUCCAAAUCGUUGAAUUGGUUAAUGAAGCAGGGCAUGCUGCAUCGGGACAGAAGAACCAUCAUGACAACGUAGGCCACGUCAACCCACACGGAUCUCUUGCCAGUGAUGUAUCCAAACAGAGAGGAUCAAAUAAAGCUGUUCUUGCCCAGGUUGGUGCACAGGGGGUCAACAAACGAUAUCUGGACUCCAUUUCGUCUAGUCUAAUACGGAAAUGACGUUCUACGGCAGGGAACGACGUCACGCUUGUCAGCUAUGCUUGACUCGCGUUUGUGAUAAUGCUGACAGGUACUGACGUUUGUUGUUGUGGAGAAAGCACUAGACAUGAGUGACCUAGUGGUGCAACUCAAACUAGAGUUGAGUUUCGGAUUAUUUUUCGAAUGGUGCAGUAUGUACUUGUUUUGUUAUUUAUAUUAGCCAAUUGACUGCAUUAAAACGAGAUAAAUUAUAUUGGAAUUAGUAUGCAUUUGGGAUUUCGUUUUUAUUUACCAUUGUCUUCUUCUAGUCUUCUAUGGCUUCUUCCUUCUUCGGUAACUCAUCUUGUAAUUGUGAAAUAUUGCAACUUGUGGCAUUAUGCUAAUUUACAUUGAUCAUUUCAUAGAUUUUAUAAAUUUCGUUAUAUAUAUAUAUAACGAGUGUAGCUGCUAGUGGCAAUUAUAAUCUAUUAAUCUGAUUAUAAUAAUUUAUGCAGAUUUAUUGUGCUUGUAGCCAUGUGAUUGGUUGCUCUGCAAUAUGAAAAGUUGUACAUAGUUUACGUUGUUUUUAUGACGAGCAGUGCAUAAUUAUUCUCUGGACUUUGUCUUGUCACAGAUGCCACAUUAUAAUUUAUGGUAACAGUUUUGUCAUUUUGAAAUCUUGAAUUUGUUUUAUUAAUUGCGUAUUGUUUUAUUUUUUUUUAAAAGGUUUCAUUCUUGAAACAUCGACUUUCGCUUUAUUCGUCGUCGAAAACCGUCUUUGAUGUUAGGGUAAGGGUAAGGGAGAAGAAUGACCAGAAUAUAUAUGGCUGCUUGGACCGGGCCUAAAGCUUUAUAGAGUCUUAAAAUUUGUGUGGUCUUUUUUAAGUUACGCGAAUAAAAGAAUAAAAGAAAACGAUAGGAGGUUGUGAUUUUUUUUUAAGUUACACGACUUCCUCCAGUAAAGCGUGAAGUUAGGGACAUUUUAAAAGCUGCGUAAGUUCUUACUACUAAAGGUAAGCGCAUAGAGCGUUUUGUUUUACGCGAUCUUUUUUAGAGUAAAGCUAGGAGCCAGAAGCAUUUUCUAAGUUACGCGACUUCUUGUUAAUAAAUCUAUGAACAUUUAAAAAGCUAGGCGAGAUUGCGAUAGGGGCAUUUCAAGUGACUUGUUAGUAAACCAUGGUGUUAGAAGCGUUUUAAAGUGACUUGUUAGUAAACCAUGGUGUUAGAAGCGUUUUAAAGUGACUUGUUAGUAAACCAUGGUGUUAGAAGCGUUUUAAAGUAAAGCUAGAAGCUCUUUUAAUUUAUACAACUUCUUGUUAAUAAUACUUACUAGCUGCCUAUACCAGGAGUCUCAAAAUGUGUUGUUAAUGUGGCUACAUGUGUAGACAUUGAUCAAUAUUUUCAUUAAAGUAUGUUACCCUC